CCCCCGUAGCCGCCGCCCGGCGAGUCCGAGCUGGACGCGCCCCCGACCCCAUGGAGGACGGCCCGCUGGAGCUCAUGACCAAGGACGGCGGCGACGUGCCGGCGCCCCUGGAGGUGUCCAGCGUGCCGGCCGUGGGCGACGUGCUCUCGGGCGAGUACAACGGCGGCAUGAAGGAGCUGAUGGAGCACCUGAAGGCGCAGCUGCAGGCCCUGUUCGAGGACGUGCGGGCCAUGCGGGGCGCCCUGGACGAGCAGGCCUCGCACAUCCAGGUGCUGUCGGACGACGUGUGCGCCAACCAGCGGGCCAUCGUGUCCAUGUGCCGGAUCAUGACCACGGCGCCCCGCCAGGGCGGCCAGGGGCGCUGCGCGGGCACCCCCCGGGAGCCCGAGUGCCCUGCGCCGGGGGCGGUCGCCAGCGAGGACCCGGAGCACGGGAACGCCGAGGAGGAGAAGGAGCGGCCGUGCCCCGCCGCUCCCGCCGGCCGCCGCGAGCGCCCCGAAAGCCCCCGCGCAGGCAGCACGGCCGCGCCGCCGCUGGAGCCCCGAGACCCGCCCGACGCCGCCCUGCUGCGGCUGAGGGGCGAGGCCGCGCCGUGA